AUGGACGGAUUCCUGCUCAACAUUCGCACACCACCCGACCUAAGAAACACUUCGCUUCUAGCUGAACCCCUCCAGUUUCAUCUUUCAGUGAUCGAUUCAUACCUAUUUGUCAUGGAGAAUCCAGUGGCCGAGAUCCGGACUGUUAUCCAGCUGCUCGUUCAGUCUCCUCCUUCGCUGCAACAAAAGGCACUGGAGCGAUUCUUCACUCCAAAUGCAUCCUUUGUGCAUCCUUUUUGCCGAGUGCCUAGUUUCAAUGGUAGUCGAUGGUGGAUAGUCAAGAUCUUCCAAUGGUAUAAGAUUAUGUCCCCGCGGAUCGAGAUGCAAGUCCACUCCGUCGCUUUCGACGACAGCCAACUAAAACUCUAUGUCAACAUGUCCCAGAUCUUUUCGAUCUGGCUGGUUCCUUUCCAUGUCGCCCCGGUGACGUUGACCACGGUCCUGGACUUGACCACUGACCCCUCCAAGACCGAUGCAUCCACCAAUGGUGAUCACACCAAGUACUAUAUUACCCGACAGGAAGAUCUCUAUCAAACCUCCGACUUUAUCAAGUUCCUUCUCCCCCACAUCGGAUACUGGCUCGUCAUGGCCUGGCACUUGAUGGCCACCUUUUUUUGUCUCGUGGGCGUGACUGCUCUCUGGCCCAUGUUGUAUCUGGAGGAGAAUGGCUACCUGCCCGUGUGGAUUUCGCGGGGCAACCUCGCCUACGAUGUUGGAGAGAAGAUUCCUGAAAUCAAGAGAGAGUAG